CGGGGCUGUGCAGCAGCAGGACAGCGCUCCCGGGAACGCAAGGCUGUUCCCAAAGGUUGGGGAGCGCGCUGUGCCCGAGAUUCUGGGAGCGAGGCCCCAAAGGAGCAGUGGCGAGGCAGCAGGAGCCCCGUGGGGCAGGAGGGCUCCCCGUUCCCGAGCCCAGCCCGGCAGUGCCGUUCCUGGCUCGCAGCCCGAGCGCGCCCCCGCCUCAUCCGUGUUCGCCUUGCGUAAGGUGGCCCUGGCCGAGCCUAUAAAGGCGCAGCCUGCGGGGCCGGUGCCAGCGGCACCAUGGCAGCUGCGAGGGACACGGCGCUGCUGGCCUGGAUCCUCUUCGUCGGGGGCACGGCGCUGGCGGCCACAGAACCACCAGAAGCAGAGACCAAAUACGGGAGAGUCCGAGGGUACCAAUUCAAAGUGGACACAGCUGAGAGGACUGUAAAUGUCUUUCUGGGACUUCCUUUUGCUAAGCCUCCGGUUGGAUCACUGAGGUUUUCUGAGCCCCAGCCACCUGAGCCAUGGGAAGGUGUCAGAGAUGCCACUUCCUACCCACCAAUGUGUCUACAAGACAAAGUACUAGGACAGUAUAUUUCAAAUGUGGUUACCAACAGAAAAGAGAAAGUUCCUCUCCAAGUGUCUGAGGAUUGCUUGUACCUAAAUGUGUACACACCCGUUUCUACAGGAAAACAGGAGAAGCUGCCUGUUUUAGUAUGGAUCCAUGGAGGUGGAUUAGUUGUUGGUGCAGCUUCAUCAUAUGAUGGCUCAGCAUUAGCAGCCCUUGACAACGUGGUGGUUGUAACAAUUCAGUACAGAUUAGGUCUCGCUGGAUAUUUUAGCACUGGUGAUGAGCAUGCCCGAGGUAACUGGGGAUAUUUAGACCAAGUAGCGGCUCUUCGGUGGAUUCAGGAAAAUAUUGACCAUUUUGGAGGAGAUCCAGGAUCUGUCACUAUCUUUGGAGAAUCUGCAGGAGGAAUCAGUGUUUCUGCUCUUGUCUUAUCUCCCCUGGCCAAGGGCUUGUUCCACAAGGCCAUUUCAGAGAGUGGUACUGCAACCCUGGGCUUCUUCACUGACCAGCCUAACAAGGAUGCACAAAAAAUUGCUGCUGUCUCUGGCUGUGAAAAAUCCAGUUCUGCUGCAAUGGUUGAAUGCUUGAGAGGAAAAACAGAGGAAGAACUACUACAGAUAACACAGAAAAUGGAUUUGUUCUUCGUCAGUGCAUGUGUAGAUGGUGUCUUCUUUCCAAAGAGUCCCAUGGAAUUACUAUCUGAAAAAUCAAUCAGUGCAGUCCCAUACAUCAUAGGAGUAAAUAACUGUGAAUUUGGAUGGGGACUUCCAAUGAUGAUGAAAUAUCCUCCUUUUGUGGAUGGUCUGGAUAAAGAUGUUGCACGUCAGAUUCUACAGAGCAACCUAGCAUUAUUCAUUAAGGGUAUAACAUCUGAAGUUGUUGACAGAGUGUACAACGAGUACAUGGGGGAUGCAGAAAGCCCUGCUCAGGUCCGGGAUGGCCUCCUGGAUGCAAUGGGAGAUGUCUUCUUUGUCAUCUCAGCUGUGGAAGUGGCCAGAUACCACAGAGAUGCUGGCAACCCAGUCUACUUUUAUGAAUUCCAACAUCGACCCAGUUCAGCGGAAGGUGUGGUACCAGAGUUUGUAAAAGCAGAUCAUGGAGCUGAGAUUGCCUUUGUCUUUGGAAAGCCAUUCUUAGCUGGAGAUGCUACAGAAGAAGAAAAUACACUUAGCAGAACUGUUAUGAGAUACUGGACCAACUUUGCCAAAAAUGGAAAUCCCAACGGGGAGGGCUUGGUCCACUGGCCUCAGUACGACCUGGAGGAAAAAUACCUGGCAAUAGACCUGGAGCAAAAGGCAGCAGAGAAACUGAAAGAACACAGAGUAGAGCUUUGGGCACAACUCAGGAAACAAAAUCAGACUGGAAGAAGAAAACACACAGAUUUAUAAGAGCUGUGGAGGGUUCGGUUUGCUUUUAAAACCCAAGGGAAGUCAAACAAAACGAGUUUGUCAGGCUGCAGAGCAAUAAUCACCUUCUAACUCACUGUUGUGUAAUCUGCUGUCCUAAUCACAGUGAAAGGAGAGAAACAAGGGGCAUUCAGAAUGUUUGUCAGACUAAAAAUCACUAUUUAAUGAAGCAAGCAGAAAGAAAAAACCCUCAGUCUUUCCAGGGUCCAAACAGACCACGGGACCUACUCAGUGCAUAUCAAAACUGAAUACUAAGGUGGGAAUGGGCAAAUGAAUUGAAAUCUGUAAGAAAUUAUCUAUAUGGAACAGACAAUGAGUGUCAGACUAUUAUAUGCUUAUUCCCCUCUUCUUUCAGAAGAGCCUGGUCAGUUGUCUGUCCUUCCUAGAGCCUCUUUCUGCUUUAACUGGAAAUUGCCUGUAGGCAGCAGAGCAUCCAUCAAACUGUGUCUGCAAGGUGGGCUUGACACCUCACAAAAGAGAACAGAAAAUCUCCACUUGUUUCAUUGGUUUGUGAAUAAAUAAAUGUUGCUUUGACUUUUUGGAC